UAGACUAUUUCUACUUCUUCUUCUUCUUCAACUCAUCAACACUUCCAUUUCCCUCUUUCUUUUUCUCCAUCUCUCUACUUUUUUUCUACAUUGGAUCUUUCAGAGUUCUGGUCGAUGAAUGUUGAAUGUAACUUUGCAAUGCAAUUUUCUACUUUUGGGUGAUUUAUGAUAGCUUAUUUGGAAUAAAGGAAUCUCUUUGCCUAAGUUAUGACUUGUUUCCCUUGCUUGUUUGGUAGAAGAGUAGAGUCUGCUGUCAAAACCUCUGAUGUAUCUGAAGAAUUCUCAGCUUGUCAAAAUGUUAAGCUGUACACUUACAAGGAACUAAGCGCUGCUACUGACGACUUCAGUCCUGUAAACAAAAUUGGAGAAGGUGGAUUUGGGUCUGUUUAUAAGGGGAAACUUAAACAUGGGAAGGUUGCAGCAAUUAAAGUUCUGUCUUCUGAAUCACAACAAGGCGUUCGUGAGUUUCUAACUGAAAUAAAGGUGAUCUCAGAGGUACAACAUGAAAACUUGGUGAAGUUAUACGGCUGUUGUGUGGAGGGGGGACGUAGGAUACUGGUAUACAACUAUCUAGAAAACAACAGCCUAGCACAGACUCUAUUAGGCAGCGGGAACUGUGGCAUUGAGUUUAGUUGGAAACCACGUACACGUAUCUGCAUAGGAAUAGCUCGUGGGCUUGCUUUUCUUCAUGAAGAAGUACGACCACAUAUAGUGCAUAGGGAUAUUAAAGCAAGUAAUAUCCUUCUCGACAAAGACCUCACUCCCAAAAUUGCAGAUUUUGGCCUUGCGAGACUUAUGCCUCCCAAUGCCACUCAUGUUAGUACUCGAGUUGCUGGCACUUUAGGUUAUCUGGCACCGGAGUAUGCAGUAAGGGGGCAGCUAACUCGAAAAGCAGAUAUAUAUAGUUUUGGUGUGCUCCUGGUGGAAAUCGUCAGUGGCAGAUGUAACACAAAUAACAGAUUGCCAAAUGGCGAAAGAUAUCUUCUAGAACGGACAUGGGAACACUAUCAGAAAAAUGAGCUAGUAGCACUGAUAGACGACACAUUAGAAGGGAAGUAUGAUGUAGAGGAGGCUUGCAAGUUUCUGAAGGUCGGUCUGCUUUGUACCCAAGAUGCUCCGAAGCUGCGACCAUCCAUGUCUACUGUGGUGAAGAUGCUAACAGGCGUAGUAAGUAUCGAUGAAAUGAAGAUAACAGCACCAGGUUUAAUCUCUGAUCUUUCGGAACUAGUUGUUCGAAAUCCCCGAGAUCCUAAAACUGUGUUUACUGACAGUUCAGACAGCAUGAACAACUCGACGUUUUCAUCAGGUGCAUCAACUAGUGCCACAUUGACAUUCACAGCCGUUUACGAAAGGAGUAUUUAAUCUCUAGAACAUAUUAUUACUAAGACAAUCUUAUCUCAAUGUUCUUAAAGGCAGGUGCACAUAAGUUUGAGUUAGUUGAUUUUUGUUAUAAUAAACUGGUAAUGGAUAAUUGGAUAGUAAAUAGUAAUGGUGAUAAUUAUCGGCCAUUGCUGAGUGAGUUUAUGGACAGCCAAAUUAUUGAUGUAAA